AUGUCUCGCUUCUUAGACAGUAUUUCCACCAUCAUCAGCGUCUUUCACAAACAUGCAAAGGAAGAUGGAGGCUGCUUCAACCUCAGCCGAAGGAAGAUGCAAGAAUUCAUCCAGAGGGAGUUUGCAGAUGUCAUAGCUAAGCCACAUGACCCUCAGACAAUUGACAAGAUUCUGCAGUUUCUGGAGUGGGAUGGUGAUGGGCAAAUUGAUUUUAAUGAAUUCCUGCUUUUGGUGUUCAGAGUGGCUAAAGCCUGCUACUGGUACCAGCCGAAGGGACCAUACCUUCUGCAAAGAACAAAGCUGACAUCCAGUGGCAAGUUGCACCGAGAGCCUGAAAUUAAGAACAGCGGGAGCAGUCGACAACUCCAGGAAGAACAAACCUGUGAGAGUAAUCACUAUCCCCCCUGUGAACCUGAGCUGCAACGAGACACCAGGGUCAAUGAGCUUGAAACACUAGAGGAAACAGGGAGUUACCAGCAACGUAACACACAAAGCGGAAAUGAUGCAAAACGAAGCAGUGAGCGAAGGAAGCCAAUCCCUCAGGUAUACGAAGAACGAAGCCGAGAGCCAUGCGACCAAUGGAACAGCCAGAGAAGACGUCAGCCACCAGAGCUGAACAGAAAAGGAGAUGUGCAAGUCCACAAGCACAGAAGCUUGGAAGCACAAGAGCCCAGGCUGUGGAGAGAUGAGAGGCAAUAUCAAGAGGAGCCACAGCAAGACCAACUGGCAGACAUGAGGAGUUGCAGCCAGACCUGUGAAACAAGACCACUGCAAAACCGGUGGGGUAGCCGUCAGCCACAUGAGCCAGUAGGACCAGCAAACAAUGACAGAAACCAGCGGCCACGAGAAGCAGAUAGAGGAAGUCACAGUCAGCCACAUAAACUUGAAUUACUCACAGAAGAGAGAAGCCACUGCCACCUACGUGACCUGGAACAAAGAGCAUUUGAAGAGAGCAGCCACGAGCCGUGUGAGCCUGAAUGCCUGGAUUUGAGAGGCCCAUAUCAGUCGCACAUAAAGGAACCACUAGAAAUUGACCUCAGGUACCAUAAGACCUGUGAGCUAGAAAGAGGUACCGAUAAACAAGGUAACAAUGAGGGACAUAAGCUUGAAUAUGUGGAAAGUGAGAGCAAAAUCCAUAAGACUCAGGAGUGGGAAGAAAGAGAUGAUACAAGGAGGACAGAUACAGUGCAAGAGAGGAAACUCAACAGACAACGAGAGCUAGAUCUGGAAAUCUCUAAAUGCCGCAGUCACCAGACACGCGAAACAGAAGAGCGUGGUCCCAUGAUCAACCAGAGAGAAAGACGUGAGAGAUGUGAUUUUGAAGCACGAGGGGCUGAAGUCGAUGGAAAGAGACAACGUGACCUUGUAAGUAUUGAGAGGACACGAGAGACUGAUAUAGCAGCACCAGAAGCUGAUGUGAAGAUCCAUCGUGUUGCCAGAGAACUGGAGCCCCGCGAGGAGCUAGAAAGGAGGGAGCGUGAACUUGAGUAUCUAGAUGCAGAGGAAGAGAGGAGGGUUUUCCUGCAAAGAGAGUUUGAAGAGCCCGUGAGGAAGAGGAGAGUCGAACGCCAACGGGAGCUGGACCUGGAGGUCUAUGAGAGCCGCAGGCGCCAGACACGUGCAAGGGAAGAGCGAGGUGCCACGAGUAACCAGAGAGAGAGACGCGAGAGACGUGACUUUGAAGCACGAGAGGCUGAAGUCGAUGGAAGGAGGCAACGUGACCUCGUGAGGCUGGAGAAGACCCGAGAGAUCGAUGUAGCGGCAGCAGAAGCUGAUGUGAAGAUCCAUCGUGUGGCCCGAGAUCGGGAGCCCCGCAAGGAGCUAGAAAGAAGGGAGCGUGACCUUGAGUAUCUAGAUGCAGAGGAAGAGAGAAGAAUUUACCUUGAAAUAGAGAAGGAGGAACCCUUGCGGGAGAGAAGGCUCGAGCGCCAACGGGAGCAGGACCUGGAGGUCUAUGAGCGCCGCAGGCGCCAGACACGUGCAAGGGAAGAGCGAGGUACCACGAGUAACCAGAGAGAGAGACGCGAGAGACGUGACUUUGAAGCACGAGAGGCUGAAGUCGAUGGAAGGAGGCAACGUGACCUCGUGAGGCUUGAGAGGACCCGAGAGAUCGAUGUAGCGGCAGCAGAAGCUGAUGUGAAGAUCCAUCGUGUUGCCAGAGAACUGGAGCCCCUUGAGGAGCUAGAAAGGAGGGAGCGUGACGUUGAGCAUCUUGAUGCAGAGGAAGAGAGGAGGGUUUUCCUGGAAAGAGAGUUUGAAGAGCCCGUGAGGAAGAGGAGAGUCGAGCGCCAACGGGAGCUGGACCUGGAGGUCUCUGAGCGCCGCAGCCGCCAGACACGUGCAAGGGAAGAGCAAGGUGCCACGAGUAACCAGAGAGAGAGACGCGAGAGACGUGACUUUGAAGCACGAGAGGCUGAAGUCGAUGGAAGGAGGCAACGUGACCUCGUGAGGCUUGAGAGGACCCGAGAGAUCGAUGUAGCAGCAGCAGAAGCUGAUGUGAAGAUCCAUCGUGUGGCUCAGGAUCUGGAGCCCUGUGAGGAGCUAGAAAGGAGGGAGCGUGAACUUGAGCAUCUUGAUGCAGAGGAAGAGAGGAGAGUUUUCCUGGAAAGAGAGUUUGAAGAGCCCGUGAGGAAGAGGAGAGUCGAGCGCCAAAGGGAGCUGGACCUGGAGGUCUAUGAGCGCCGCAGCCGCCAGACACGUGCAAGGGAAGAGCGAGGUGCCACGAAUAACCAGAGAGAGAGACGCGAGAGACGUGACUUUGAAGCACGAGAGGCUGAAGUCGAUGGAAGGAGGCAACGUGACCUCGUGAGGCUUGAGAGGACCCGAGAGAUCGAUGUAGCGGCAGCAGAAGCUGAUGUGAAGAUCCAUCGUGUGUCCCGGGAUCUGGAGCCCCUUGAGGAGCUAGAAAGGAGGGAGCGUGACCUUGAGUAUCUAGAUGCAGAGGAAGAGAGAAGAAUUUACGUUGAUGUAGAGAAGGAGGAACCCUUGCGGGAGAGAAGGCUCGAGCACCAACGGGAGCUGGACCUGGAGGUCUAUGAGCAUCGCAGCCGCCAGACACGUGCAAGGGAAGAGCGAGGUGCCACGAGUAACCAGAGAGAGAGACGCGAGAGACGUGACUUUGAAGCACGUGAGGGCGAAAUUGAUGGAAGGAGGCAACGUGACCUCGUGAGGCUUGAGAGGACCCGAGAGAUCGAUGUAGCGGCAGCAGAAGCUGAUGUGAAGAUCCAUCGUGUUGCCAGAGAACUGGAGCCCCUUGAGGAGCUAGAAAGGAGGGAGCGUGACCUUGAGUAUCUAGAUGCAGAGGAAGAGAGAAGAAUUUACGUUGAAAUAGAGAAGGAGGAACCCUUGCGGGAGAGAAGGGUCGAGCGCCAACGGGAGCUGGACCUGGAGGUCUCUGAGCGCCGCAGCCGCCAGACACGUGCAAGGGAAGAGCGAGGUGCCACGAGUAACCAGAGAGAGAGACUCGAGAGACGUGACUUUGAAGCACGAGAGGCUGAAGUCGAUGGAAGGAGGCAACAUGACCUCGUGAGGCUUGAGAGGACCCGAGAGAUCGAUGUAGCGGCAGCAGAAGCUGAUGUGAAGAUCCAUCGUGUGGCCAGAGAACUGGAGCCCCUUGAGGAGCUAGAAAGGAGGGAGCGUGAACUUGAGCAUCUUGAUGCAGAGGAAGAGAGGAGAGUUUUCCUGGAAAGAGAGUUUGAAGAGCCCGAGAGGAAGAGGAGAGUCGAACGCCAAAGGGAGCUGGACCUGGAGGUCUAUGAGCGCCGCAGGCGCCAGACACGUGCAAGGGAAGAGCGAGGUGCCACGAGUAACCAGAGAGAGAGACGCGAGAGACGUGACUUUGAAGCACGAGAGGCUGAAGUCGAUGGAAGGAGGCAACGUGACCUCGUGAGGCUUGAGAGGACCCGAGAGAUCGAUGUAGCGGCAGCAGAAGCUGAUGUGAAGAUCCAUCGUGUGUCCCGGGAUCUGGAGCCCCUUGAGGAGCUAGAAAGGAGGGAGCGUGACCUUGAGUAUCUAGAUGCAGAGGAAGAGAGAAGAAUUUACGUUGAUGUAGAGAAGGAGGAACCCUUGCGGGAGAGAAGGGUCGAGCACCAACGGGAGCUGGACUUGGAGGUCUAUGAGCAUCGCAGCCGCCAGACACGUGCAAGGGAAGAGCGAGGUGCCACGAGUAACCAGAGAGAGAGACUCGAGAGACGUGACUUUGAAGCACGAGAGGCUGAAGUCAAUGGAAGGAGGCAACGUGACUUUGUGAGACUUGAGAGGACCCGAGAGAUCGAUGUAGCGGCAGCAGAAGCUGAUGUGAAGAUCCAUCGUGUUGCCAGAGAACUAGAGCCCCUUGAGGAGCUAGAAAGGAGGGAGCGUGACCUUGAGUAUCUAGAUGCAGAGGAAGAGAGGAGAGUUUUCCUGGAAAGAGAGUUUGAAGAGCCUGUGAGGAAGAGGAGAGUCGAGCGCCAACGGGAGCUGGACCUGGAGGUCUAUGAGCGCCGCAGGCGCCAGACACGUGCAAGGGAAGAGCGAGGUGCCACGAGUAACCAGAGAGAGAGACGCGAGAGACGUGACUUUGAAGCACGUGAGGGCGAAAUUGAUGGAAGGAGGCAACGUGACCUCGUGAGGCUUGAGAGGACCCGAGAGAUCGAUGUAGCGGCAGCAGAAGCUGAUGUGAAGAUCCAUCGUGUUGCCAGAGAACUGGAGCCCCUUGAGGAGCUAGAAAGGAGGGAGCGUGACCUUGAGUAUCUAGAUGCAGAGGAAGAGAGAAGAAUUUACGUUGAAAUAGAGAAGGAGGAACCCUUGCGGGAGAGAAGGGUCGAGCGCCAACGGGAGCUGGACCUGGAGGUCUCUGAGCGCCGCAGCCGCCAGACACGUGCAAGGGAAGAGCGAGGUGCCACGAGUAACCAGAGAGAGAGACUCGAGAGACGUGACUUUGAAGCACGAGAGGCUGAAGUCGAUGGAAGGAGGCAACAUGACCUCGUGAGGCUUGAGAGGACCCGAGAGAUCGAUGUAGCGGCAGCAGAAGCUGAUGUGAAGAUCCAUCGUGUGGCCAGAGAACUGGAGCCCCUUGAGGAGCUAGAAAGGAGGGAGCGUGAACUUGAGCAUCUUGAUGCAGAGGAAGAGAGGAGAGUUUUCCUGGAAAGAGAGUUUGAAGAGCCCGUGAGGAAGAGGAGAGUCGAGCGCCAAAGGGAGCUGGACCUGGAGGUCUAUGAGCGCCGCAGGCGCCAGACACGUGCAAGGGAAGAGCGAGGUGCCACGAGUAACCAGAGAGAGAGACGCGAGAGACGUGACUUUGAAGCACGUGAGGGCGAAAUUGAUGGAAGGAGGCAACGUGACCUCGUGAGGCUUGAGAGGACCCAAGAGAUCGAUGUAGCGGCAGCAGAAGCUGAUGUGAAGAUCCAUCGUGUUGCCAGAGAACUAGAGCCCCUUGAGGAGCUAGAAAGGAGGGAGCGUGACCUUGAGUAUCUAGAUGCAGAGGAAGAGAGAAGAAUUUACGUUGAUGUAGAGAAGGAGGAACCCUUGCGGGAGAGAAGGCUCGAGCGCCAACGGGAGCUGGACUUGGAGGUCUAUGAGCAUCGCAGCCGCCAGACACGUGCAAGGGAAGAGCGAGGUGCCACGAGUAACCAGAGAGAGAGACUCGAGAGACGUGACUUUGAAGCACGAGAGGCUGAAGUCAAUGGAAGGAGGCAACGUGACUUUGUGAGACUUGAGAGGACCCGAGAGAUCGAUGUAGCGGCAGCAGAAGCUGAUGUGAAGAUCCAUCGUGUUGCCAGAGAACUAGAGCCCCUUGAGGAGCUAGAAAGGAGGGAGCGUGACCUUGAGUAUCUAGAUGCAGAGGAAGAGAGGAGAGUUUUCCUGGAAAGAGAGUUUGAAGAGCCUGUGAGGAAGAGGAGAGUCGAGCGCCAACGGGAGCUGGACCUGGAGGUCUAUGAGCGCCGCAGGCGCCAGACACGUGCAAGGGAAGAGCGAGGUGCCACGAGUAACCAGAGAGAGAGACGCGAGAGACGUGACUUUGAAGCACGUGAGGGCGAAAUUGAUGGAAGGAGGCAACGUGACCUCGUGAGGCUUGAGAGGACCCGAGAGAUCGAUGUAGCGGCAGCAGAAGCUGAUGUGAAGAUCCAUCGUGUUGCCAGAGAACUGGAGCCCCUUGAGGAGCGAGAAAGGAGGGAGCGUGACCUUGAGUAUCUAGAUGCAGAGGAAGAGAGAAGAAUUUACGUUGAAAUAGAGAAGGAGGAACCCUUGCGGGAGAGAAGGGUCGAGCGCCAACGGGAGCUGGACCUGGAGGUCUAUGAGCGCCGCAGCCGCCAGACACGUGCAAGGGAAGAGCGAGGUGCCACGAGUAACCAGAGAGAGAGACGCGAGAGACGUGACUUUGAAGCACGAGAGGCUGAAGUCGAUGGAAGGAGGCAACAUGACCUCGUGAGGCUCGAGAAGACCCGAGAGAUCGAUGUAGCGGCAGCAUCUCUGCCACUAGCAGCGCCAUCUGAGAGGAGCAACAACCAACAGCCACGACCCCAAAGGGAUGAGCGAGUGAUAGGGGAGCGUGAACUAACUUCUAGCUCCCAGGAAAACACAGAUGAUCCCAAUGAGCCCCAGGAGAGGUCUGAAUUAGGAGUGGAGGGAGGGGCUUACCAGGCUUCUGCCUCUGAGCUGUCUGGUGUUAAGGGUGACCCUUGCCAAGCAAAGUCCUAUGAGGACAGGAGGGUCAGCCAGCGGCUCAAGGUGCCUGGUGCUGAAGAAAAGAAGCAUCAGCCCCAGGGAAAUGGAACAAAAACUACCAGGGAGCAGGUCCCAUUGGAACCCAAAUCCAGCUGCCAGGUAAGGCAGCGUGAGGACAGGGAGGUCAAGAGCUGCCCACCUUUGCCCCAGGCUCUGGAGCCACGAGAAGCUUGUGAGCAGGGCAGGCAAGGCACUGAAGAUAGCCGUCCCCAUCCGCCCCAGCGAUAUGAAGCCAGACGCUGCUGUGAGGAUGCAAAGAGCCACCAGCCACAGCAGGAGAACAGCAAGAGGAGGUGCCGGGUAGCAAGCAAUGCCCAGCCUCAACGGGAGGAGGAACCACAUCAGCAGAGCCAGGGCCCCUCAGUCUCACAGGAAACUCUGAGCUAUCCUGCUGGGGAUGAAGGCAAGGCAUCUUAA